UCAUCAGUCUUGUCGUGAAUUUCUCAAUGUGUGGUUUAUUUGUAUGAAAUUUGUUCCAAUUGGUGCUAUUUAAGUAAAUUUGUGAAAAAAAUAUUAACGCGCAUUUAACGAAAAAGUGGUCGCAAACACUAUAAAAAGAAUUGGGUUUAAGUAAUUAAACUAUAUUAUAUUAAACAAGUGACUGACGCGAAUUGGCACAUUUCAUCUGCGCCACAAAUCGGAAACAGCAAACAACAAGAAAAUGCGUCUCGCCGUCGGUGCAACAGCAAUAAUUGUUGCGCUGUCGCUCUUGUCUGUUGUAGCUGGACAGGAUGCCGAUGCCGCAGAGGAGAUACAACCGCAACCAGUAUCGGAGGAGCCCGUGAAGUUUGUACAUGUACUAAAUCCCGGGGAGCGGGAGUACCUCUCGCCCAACUUGAUUGGUGUGCAAAAUAUCGCCAUGACGUUCCUGCCACUCUCGAUUAACUUCGUCAACAUAAUUGAUGCGUUUCGCGAAAUAGUCGAUGGCGUGCGCUAUGAGAUACUUUUAAAUGCCAUUGAUACGAAGGCAAAAGAUGCCGAUGUGAUAUGUCGCCUGGUGAUUAUUGAAAAGCCUUGGUUGCGUACCGAAUGGGGUGAUAAGGUGCGCGAGUUGCGUACUUCCAAUUGCACGAGCGAGGAAGACAAUCUAACCGAUCCGGCGAUGCGCAGCAAAGCUUUAAACGAUAAGUACACUACAAAUGCGCUCUUCAAUGGCGGUACACGAAAUGAGCUAACCGAUGAUGAAAUGUCCAAAUUAGAAUCACAAAUUCUACCGAUGCCAUUCUCUACGAAUGGGCAGAAACGGCGUGAUACACCGACGAGGCCCACUUCUACUUCAACAACGACCACAACGACAACCGCAAGAACCACUGCAGCGACAACAACGACAGAGCAAUUUAAUGAUGAAGCGACGGAUCGAAAUGAGGAUGCGACGUCAGCGCCAGCGGCGGUUGGUGUGAAUGAUGAAGAUGCAGAGUCCACGUCACCAUUGCCAGUACUCACACAAGACGAGUUGAAGUGGUUGGAUGAUUUUCUAUCGGUGGGUGCAGUUAGCUUUGAGCAUACACAACGUGAAAGACAGGAAGCAGUGGAGCAGACAGUGAGCGGCAAUAAUGAUAAUGAUGCUGCUGGUGAGAGUGCUGCGAAUAAUUAUGUGCAGCAACAGCAAGAGCAACAACAGCAGCAGCAGCUGGCGACGGAACAGACGCCGGAGGAGGGAGAUGGAGAGGUGGCAACAGCUGAUACGUCGGCGCCAGAUCAGAUCCAUGCUCGUGCCAAGCGUAGUUACAAUGUACCUGGUGGUGUUAGCAAGUUGGAGAACAAGGAUGCUGAGCAACGUCUACAGGCUUCACUCGAUAAAUUAGCUGCCGGGGAUGAUGGCCCCAAUUACAGGAUUUCGAAAAUUUAUUCCGCCACCACACAAAUCGUUUCGGGCACUUUGACCAAAAUUGAUGCUGAACUCAUUGAUGAGAACGAUGUCGCAAUACGUUGUAAUAUCAAAAUCUUCGCAAAGCCAUGGCUGCCCAAUGGCAUUGAGGUGACUUUUAAGUGCCCCAAUAAGGAGUUGGUGAAACGUCGCCAUAGUCGUUCUGUCGAGCAUUUGGAGAAGAAGACACACAAGAAACGCAAUCAUCAUAGCUUGGACAAAACCGAACAUUUGUUCAGCAAAUUCCAAAUUAAGUACAAUCGUCGCUAUCACACCGCAAUGGAGCGUCAAAUGCGCUUGAGAAUUUUCAAACAAAAUUUGCAAACUAUACACGAUUUGAAUAGCAAAGAGAUGGGUAGCGCCAAGUACGGCAUUACAGAAUUUGCUGACUUGACUAGCACCGAAUACAAACAACGUACCGGCCUGUGGCAACGCUCCGAGGAUAAGCCAAGCAAGAAUGCACCAGCUGUGAUUCCCGAUGUGGAGUUGCCGAAGGAAUUCGAUUGGCGAGAGAAGGGUGUUAUUUCGAAAGUGAAGAAUCAAGGUAUGUGCGGUUCGUGCUGGGCCUUCAGUGUGACGGGUAAUGUGGAGGGAUUGCAUGCGGUGAAGACGGGCAAAUUGGAGGAAUACUCUGAGCAAGAAUUGCUUGAUUGCGACACUACUGAUUCGGCCUGCAAUGGUGGUUUGAUGGACAAUGCUUACGAAGCGAUACAACAUAUUGGUGGCUUGGAGUUGGAAUCCGAUUAUCCAUAUGAAGGACACAAAGACCAGUGCCAAUUCAAAAAGUCACUGGUGCAUGUCAAAGUCAAGGGUGGCGUUGAUUUGCCCAAGAAUGAGACGGCCAUUGCACAGUGGUUGAUUACCAAUGGACCUAUUUCGAUUGGUAUUAAUGCCAAUGCUAUGCAAUUCUAUCGUGGCGGCGUUUCUCAUCCAUGGAAAGCGUUGUGUUCCAAAAAGAAUCUCGAUCAUGGCGUUUUAAUUGUAGGCUAUGGCGUCUCCGACUAUCCGAUGUUCAAGAAGACACUGCCCUAUUGGAUUGUAAAGAACUCUUGGGGACCCAAGUGGGGCGAGCAAGGUUACUAUCGCGUCUACCGUGGUGAUAAUACCUGCGGUGUAAGCGAAAUGGCCUCUUCGGCAGUGCUUGAGGAUUAGUCGAUCGAUUGAAAUGAAAAAAUUACAAGCAGUUCAUAUAACCAAUUUCACCUAAUAAGUGAAUAAACAUAAUAAAACAUACAAUAAUUAGUUUUUAGCAAACUCCCUCACACAUUAACCAUAAGAUUAAUACGAAAAAAAAUUUAUAUAUAUAAUAUUAAACAUAAUUCACAAAAGUCAACGUUAAAGUCAUCUUGAAACGAGUGAAAGCGCGUAAUAAGGAAUUAGGCGACAGAAAUACUCAUGACCACCCAGGUGAAAAUGAUAAAAGAAUAUUUUAUCACUCAUCGCCACUAACAUUUAAAAUCUUUGUAACGAUCUUUUAUGUUUAUACAUUUUGUAAUGUAUUCGUUAAAUUAUUAUAUACAUACAUCCAUAUAUUAUGUGAAAUUAUAAAUAUCAAUAAAUAAACGUUCUUGUAGAAGUUCAUAAAAAA